AUGGCUACGUCAGGGCCUGUUCGGCCAAAACCCCUGAAUUGGCAAGGCCCCUCGCAUCUAGAGAUCUUUUGCAAGAACUUGAAGCUUCUACAGCUAGAUCAGCUUGAAGGUUGGCCUGGUAUCUCGCUGCGCGCAUUAUCCCCGUCAUCGCAAAACCAACGACCACGGAUUCGCCGGGUGGAAUGGGCCCUGUAUCAGCUCUACGUCCUCUGGGACCCAGAAGGUGCCCAAAAUAAACUACGGCCCUUCUUCCCGCCAUUAGAGCCCCUGCAAUCCGUUAACCUCCGUGCGGCUUUAUUCCGAUGUCUAGGCGAAUUGAAAAAGAAUGGCGACCUGGGACGGGAAAUUGUCGUCCGCAAAACCAUGUUGGAUGAUUGCAAGGGCGAAAAGUUCGAAGAGCUUCUUGCUGGGUUCUCUACUGCUGUGCUCCGUAAGCUUGUGGCGGUCUCUGUGGACGAAAGGCUAUACAACCCUGCAAUGAAGCUUUCGAAUGCUACUACUAUGACACCGACAGACUACCAGAACCUUUUACCCCUCAUUCUUGCCCAUCAGACAUCCCUGAGUUCUGCGGGUGAGCGCCACGCUCGCGUCCGGGAUGUUUAUGAUCGGUUCUCACAGCUUCUGGAUGACAAGAAGAUUGACCUGGCCGAGCGUGCUGGGAAACCCCCAAUUGACCUUGGUGUUUCGCACAGUGAUCCCCAUCGUCUAGUCCACGAGGUUCGAACGAAUUGGUUGGGAAGCCAGAAAUGGGCUACGGCAAUAUUGGAAGGCGGGUCAGAGACAAGUAGCGAGGCUUUUUUGGAGCUUCCUUUUCGAGAGGCACUAGUACGAGCAGGCGACCUGUCUAGUGGCAAGACCAACACAGGGUUGGGGCACGACCUAGUUUUUGAUCUCGAAGCCCGGGUCUUGUUGCAGCGCAGUCGGCUCCAUAAGUGGCAUGAGUAUAACAGAUCAUUUUCCGGCCAAGGUAAUCCGAAUGGAACUGCUGCCGAUUCCAAAGAGCCUCGUGUGACGUUUCGUGAUCACCAAACCCUCACAGUUGCUAGUAUAGCUAAAACUGUGCGGCAGCCCGGAGAUCGGGGGCGGGGGUUGAAAGGCGCAGAUAAAUAUCUACUUUCAUCUGUCCAUGAGACGCUUGCUCGUGUCAAUGGCAAAUCCUGUGGCAACCCCACAAGGUCAACGCCUGCGGCGAGAACGGUCACUCAGCGCCCGCUCAGGCGUUCGCCAGACCGUGUUUACUCGCCAUCCAUGGUGGCGGAAGAUAGCUCACCACCGGCAAUUCAAAAUCCUACCCCGGGCUCGCGUUCUCCCUCGGAGCCGUUGCAAAUAGAACCGGAGCCAGAGCCCGAGCCCGAGCCCAAUCCCGAGCCAGAAAACGAGCCGGAAUCUGACACACUCCAGUCAUCUACUCCAAUUGUCCGACUCUCCCCAGACCUCUCGUCUGCGUCAACAUCAGACGAUGAGCCACGACAAGAGCCCGUCAAAAGCUCCAAAACAUUGGCUGAGCGCACUCGAAGAUCGAUGUCUCUUCUUCCACCCCAGCACCACGAGCCACCGCGCCAACGCCGCGGACCUCGGCCUUCUUUCCCAGUCAAUCAAUUUGUGACACCUCGAAAAACCUCUGAUCGCCCAGUCAAAGAAAUCUCUCGGGCAUCGACACCGCAAGAUCAACUCUUCGAGGAAGAUGCCGAGUAUGCUAGUGUCUUCAAAUCCAGACCUCGCGUGGCUCUGAGUCCAAUCUCUUCUCCUGCUGUCCAUGUCAGUCCCUCGUACGAAGACGAGGGCUUUGCUCUAGAUGAGGGAGAUAGCGCCGAGUGGGAUGUCAGUGAUUCGCCCUCGGCUGCUCCGCGGUUCAGGUGA